AUGAAAGAAACUGCACUAUAUGGUGGAGCCAUACAUACAGUGCUACCUGAAGAUGCAAUUGAUGUAUCUAAGAUCAGACAGGUUCCAGAUACACAAGAGGUUUUCAUUUUGGAAAAAAUCCGUAGGGAGCUAGAUCGAUCUCUAAUAUUUGAUCUAUUAGAAAGAGUUCCCAACAAUUACGAAAAAGUAAUAGAGCUUCAUAUUGAGGAUCUAAUAGACUCACAGGAGUCCAACCACUUAAUUGAAAGAGUUCAUCAAAAGUUCGUGGAAACCGACAUUUACUUCAGUUUUGCGAUGAAGGGAAGCUUAGUAGUGUUGAUUAGCUUGCUCAGACUCGAAAGAGCUGAAACAGAUGUAUUGAUUAGUAUGAAUAUAAACGUUGAAGAGAAUUAUACCAUAGAACAAAUAAAAGAGGCUCUUUUAAACACAUCAGAGACUCGUUUACCGUCAUCUUUGAGUAUAUUAAAGGAAGAUUAUGACGUUAUUAAGGAAGCAAGCCUAAACUUACAAAUUAAGGACUGGUCGUUAUUUGAAGGAUAA